UGAGAGGUGUGAGGCGGGGAGCAGCUGGACAGAGGUAAACACAGGCAGUGUACGUCAGCUGGUCUCAGUGGGCGGACGGUGGCUGGUGCUGACGGACGACCUCUACUCUACACUCCAUCACCUCUCUUUAUCUGCCCCUUUACAACAAUCAUACUCUACCGAUAUAUUUGGCUCACGUUGGGGCUGUACUCAAUGGGUUUGCUGGAAUUAUAAUUGGUGCAGCCCCAUCCUUGGUCUCCUCGAGGUGGUUUCCGCCAAACGAGAGGACAACUGCAACAGGAAUCGGAUGUACCUUCAACCAGUUAGGAAAUGCUGGUGGUUUCUUCCUGGGUCCAUGGCUUGUUCAUUUGCCAAAAAAUGAAAGCCAUAUUGAUAGUGACGAUAUAGAUAACUUGAGAAAAAAUAUACGAGACUAUAUGUGGAUCUCUGCAGGCAUCUGCAUUUCCCUCUUCAUUGGGGUUAUAUACUACUUCCCAGACAAACCUAGGAAGCCUCCAUCUCUCACUUCCUUCAUCCGUGAACAACCCAAUCCGUUUGUAAAAGACAUAAAAAUCCUUUUGAGUAACAAAAAUAUUUGGUUGCUAGUGGUGCCAUACAGUAUUACCCUUGGGAUCAAUGUAGCCUGGUCCAGUGUCCUUGACAUCAAUCUCGCUCCAUUCGGCAUUUCACAGGAUGAAGCCAGCUGGUUGGGCGUUUAUGUAACAUUAGGCGGUGUUGUGAUGGCUAUAUUAGGUUCCAGAUUUUCUGACCUUUUAUUCGGGUACAUGAAGGUGACAAUUAUGACGCUAAUGGUGGUUGCGACAGCAGGAUACACCUGGUUUCUUCUAAUAAUGAAUCAUUGCCUUCCAUACAACAAAGUUGGCAUGUUUGUCAGUGUAAUCAUUGGAGCAUCCUUCAACUAUGCCUGUUCGCCAUUGUUCUUCGAAUUAGCUGUGGAAUUGGCAUACCCAGUGCCCGAGGGUGUAGUUGGAGCAUUUCUUACGAUGACGUGGAAUAUAGUUUGUGCUAUUUUCCUUCUUACUAUGCAGACAAAAAUGAAAAGUGUGAUAUGGAUGGAUUAUAUAUUAGCCAUUCAAGGAAUGGUCGUCGUGCUACUGCUCAUUUUCUUGAAAGAAGAAUACAAGCGAACAGCUGUUGACCGGAAUACAAAUGCCACACGUGCUCCAAGCAAUGCUCCUGAGGUGGAGGCGUAGUGCACUCAUAAUAAAACUGUACCAAAGAGUCUUUGUGUGUGUGUGUGUGUGUGUGUGUGUGUGUGUGUGUGUGUGUCAAGUAUCAUAAGCCUGCCAGAUCAGAAUCAUGGAUUCAUCUUGGGCUUGUAAUGCUUGACAACUGUAUAGUAGUGAACAAUUUUUUAUCGAGAAAUAUAUAUUUUCUCUAAGCAAUCUCAAGGACAAACCUGUUCUAGAUAGUACAUUCAUGUAAUAUUAGUGUAGAAUUUAGUGUUUUGUGCGUGUGUGUGAUAUUCACGUAGGCCAAUGCCUGUAUGACCCCUUCCAGUUGAGUUGGAUAUAUUUAUGUACAUUCCCCUCCCCUUCCUCGGCCCCAUUCAGUUACUUGCAUCAUCAAAGGUUCAAGCAAUUUACCAGUGUUGUAUUAUCUACAAACUGUUGAAACAUUUCUAAUGUAUAGCAAGCAUUAAUAUGUUCACUUAAUGCAUUUUUAGAUUUUCAUUGGCAAUUCCUACAGGUCUGUUAAUUUAUCUAAAUGCAGGUGUAUAGUUUAAAGAGUCCAGAGCUCUCUGGUGUGUUAGUAACCAAGUGUGGGAUGUCAUUCUGGGUCUUAUAAGUGUUACUCUCUUCCCAACUAAAUUGGGAGGAGUAAUAUACUGCUGUAGUUUUUAUUUAUUUAUUAUAUAAAGAAUAUUUGCAUGAUAAAUGUAUUUUGUUUUAAAUUUGUUUUCAAGAAGUAUAUACAUGAGUAUAUAUAUAAUUACAUCUAGUGUGUGUGUGUGUAUUCACCUAGUUGUGCUUGCGGGGGUUGAGCUCUGCUCUUUCGGCCCGCCUCUCAACUGUCAAUCAACUGUUUCUACUACUUUUUUUU